AUGGCUCCGCCGCGCCCUACCUCGUCCUCGUCCGCCUCGAACGGCCCUCCUCCGCAACGCCGCCACGGCGUCCUAUGCGACGCGUCCAACACGCCCGGGCCGUCCAACACCCACGCCUGGGCUGGAACGCCCCGUCAAGACGUGUCUCCUGUGCUCAAGCGGGCCAGGGUCGAGGAGGCGGAUGGCACCGUCGACCCCUGGGGACGCAAGCGUGUCUUCGGCAAGCGGGACUGGCAGAGCAGGGAGCAGCACGACCUCGAGAAGAAGCGCGCGCGGUUCAUCGCUGCGAUCAAGAGCAAGAAGGCGGAAGAAGUCGCCUUUCAGCGCGCAGGUCAGGGAAGGGGCAAUGAGGCUGUCAAGAUCAGGCAGGAGCGUGAAUGCUUGGAGAAGGAGCUCAAGGCGAUCGAGUCGCAGAUCAGUAGACUCGAUGGGGGAUCGGAGACGAGCGCGAGUGAUGGGGAGGACGAGAGCAUCGGGCGCUCGGCGUCGACGUCUUCAGGCGCUGGAACCGCCGCCUCGGAAGCCGCAACUGCUCGCAACAACACCCCUCUCUCCGUCCGCCCUUCGAGCUCCGACAACGACACUCGCACGGCUCCCCAGGCCACCACCACGCAGCAGGCGCCGGCUCCGACGGUUCAGUCAUUCGCUCAGCCGACGAGUCGCCCGCGCCGCGACAUUCCUCCUCCUCCGCCCACUCAGACUGCGAACCCCGCUCGCAACGCGCCGAUUGCACAGCCUGCUGGUGCACAGGCGAGCGGAGCAUCUCUGUCGCGCACCUCCACGAAUCAGGAGAACCCCGCAGCCGUCGCAAGCGGGUGGAUCUCCCUCCAGUCGCUCGUCGACGAGAUUGCUCGCAACGCCUACACCUUGCCGCUCAAGAAGACGCUCAAGCUCGAUGGUCUCGUCAUCAACGGUCGCAUCAAGGCUGGCGACAAGCCCCGCAUCCUCAAGCUCAUCCUGCACCUGCUGGAGGAGGUCAGCCGCGGCGAGCAGGCGAAGGAGGCGCUGUCAUCGCUUGGCUUGAAGCCGGCGAACGAGAUCAAGAACGUCAAGCACAUCUUCUUCGCCGUCCA